CGUGUCCACGAACCAAACAUUUCCAGAAGGGGGGGACGGCACACCACGUGAGAGGAGAUUCCACAGGGAGGUGUUUUUGCUCUGGACGACAAGCAAACGAUGGGGAGGGAUUGCAAGGAGGCCGCGCGGGCUCUUUACGCCUGCAUGAAAAAGACUCAAUGCAUGAAGGAUGGAGGCCGCCUGAAGGAAUGCCUUAAAACAUCCGACAGGGAGUUCUGCAGGCUGGAUCACCAGUCGUUUUUUGAGUGCAAGCGCGGCCAGCUAGACAUGAGGACGAGAAUACGGGGAGAGCGGUCUUUCUGACACGCGCUCGGGCGAGGGUUGGGCAGCAAGCGGAAGCUAGAUUCCAGGGUCUCUUUCGAACACGCGUUGCGACGAACGAAGGGCCGCGGGUGUUUCUCACUUUCAUGAGACAUGCCUCUGUGUGAAGAAGGCAUUUUUCCAGUGGGGGGCUGUGAGUCGUUGAUGUCGGCAGGAAAAUGGUUGCAGGGUCUCCGGUGGCCGUGUUUUGUUUUUUCGUGUCUUGGGCAACGCGUUGUUAUUGCCCUUUUGUUGGAGUCCGGUUCUGGUGACCAUCAGACCUCUUCGCAGGUGCAGUUGGCUGGUUGCGAGGGAGCUGCUGUCGCGGGACGUAUAAAUGUCAUUUUUUUUUUCAAUAGCGCGUGAGAUAUACUUCGGGUACCAGGAUAGCGGCAUCGGGGGUAGGGGUGUGGCACUGGAAUAUAACGAGAGAACAGCCGUGGCGCUAGAUAAUUCACGUAUUUCCUAUGCCUAAAAUUUCGAGCCCCCCACAUGUUUGUAGGUAUGCAUAUGUGUGGGGCAAAAUGGCAUGGUCGGCGUGAACCGGCAGUGAACACGCCUAGACCGUUGUGGACAAAGGUUGUGAUCAUCCCCCCCACAUAUUUUUAGGUAUGCAUAUGUGUGGGCAAAAUGGCAUGGUCGGUGUGAACCGGCAGUGAACACGCCUAGACCGUUGUGGAC